CGUGGAUAGUAUAAAAGUUUCCAAAAUAACAGCUUGACCUCUCAUUUUGUCUCUGCGAGUGUGUGUGGUAGCAGGUAGGGUGUAACAUUUCAUCAGAUUUUGGUGUUCGUGUUCUUGCUUCUCUCCUUUCUUCUUCAUCGAUUUGUAGCACAGGCGAGAAAUGUCUUCACAUGCCGCGGACGUCCGGCAGGCGAUAGAUAAUGUAACAUUGGUGUGUCAAGAUCCUCACAACACCGUCAACGUCAGGGGUUUUUGGAGCGGCAAAAACCCCCUGGAUUCCUCCACUUCUCUUCUUCUGGUGCAGUUAUCUCUAAUCACAUUUGUCUCUACCUUCGUCAAUGUUUGGCUCCGGCACUUGGGACAAUCCAGCAUUGUUUCUAACAUAUUUAGUGGUAUAUUAUUCGGUCCAUCCCUUCUAGGGCAUUUCAAGGAAAUCGCGAACACCCUUUUCCCAUUAGAAGGCAUCAUAGUGCUCGAAACACUUUCGACAUGGGGACUCACAUAUUUCCUGUUUUCGAUAGGAGUGCAGAUGGAUGUCGCAACAAUGAUACGUCCCCAAAGGAAAAACAUGGUUAUUGGAGGAACAUUGUUCCUCUGCACAUUGGUACUCCCUGAGGCACUAACGUUCCUCUUGAUGCACAGUGUCCCCAAAAUGGACCAGACGCUUAAGGCUGCACUCCCAUUUGUAUCUGCUACGCAAGCUAUAUCGAGUUCUGCUGUAGUUGGUUCUCUACUUACCGAGCUCAAGAUGUUGAAUACUGACAUUGGCCGCACCGCGGUCUCAACGGCACUGUUUUGUGAUGUUGUUGGCAUAAUCAUGAGUGCUUUUGCUAUUGCAUUGAGUGAUAGGAAGAGCAAAAAUACAAUAAUACCAUGGUUGUCAGCGAUACAAGCAGCUGCUCUUGUGCUUGGCAUUAUCUAUAUCUGCAGGCCAUUCAUGGUGUGGAUACGAAACCGGUCAGAGGAAAAGAAUUCUGUCAGGGAGUCUCAUAUUUUCAUCAUUUUCGUUCUUGUGCUCGUGUUCGGAUUUCUUAGUGAGAUCUCAAGCCAGCAUUACUUAUUGGGGCCGCUAGUGUUUGGCUUUGUAAUACCUGCCGGACCGCCUUUGGGCUCGGCAGUUGUGGCUAGGGUGGAUACUCUUGCUACAGGACUAUUCUAUCCAUCAUACCUUGCCGUAACGGGGCUGAAAACAAACAUCUUUACAAUCAAUCCGCGAUCUUCUUGGGUUCUGGGGAUUAUUUUUCUCUUUGCUAGCUUGGUCAAGAUCGGAGCAGUAAUGUUGGCAGCCUGCUAUUAUGAACAGACUGUACGUGAAGCUUUUGUGCUCGGGCUUAUUCUCAACGCAAAAGGCAUCACUGAGCUUGUUAUGUACAACAUUUGGAAGCAAACCAAGUUGCUGAGCGAUCAAGAAUUUGCCCUGUCGGUGAUCUACGUAGUAGUAGUAACAGCUGUUGUAACACCCUUGAUAAAACUUCUUUAUGAUCCCUCACGGCAAUUCUCAGCUACCAAAAGAAGUACGAUCCAGCACUUGAAGCGCGACACAGAACUCAGAAUCAUGGCCUGCAUCCACUCCCAGGAGAACGUUCCCACACUUGUAAACAUCCUAGAAGUAUCAAAUGCUACAGAAGAGAACCCUGUUGCAGCUAUAGCCCUCAUCCUGGUCGAGCUUGUGGGACGAAGCACCCCUGUUCUCAUAGCACACCACCCCGGGGACAAUCUGCAGAGCAGCAUCGGCAGCAGCGCAUCCACGUCCAAUCAAAUUAUCAAAGCCUUGGGGCAGUAUGCCGAGUGCAAUGAAGGGCGCGCCACCCUCCAACCGUUCACUUCCAUCUCACAUUAUCCGACAAUGCAUGAUGACAUUAUAAGGGUAGCAUUUGAGAAGAGGGCACACAUUGUGAUCCUGCCGUUUCACAAGCAUUAUGCAAUAGAUGGCACCAUUGGGUCAGUAAACAGAGCUCACCAGUCCAUGAACAUUAAUGUACUUGAAAAGGCACCUUGCUCCGUUGGAAUCCUCAUUGAUCGUGGAAUACUGAGCGGUUCGAUGUCAGUUCUCAGCAACCAGUAUAUAUACCACGUUGCUGUGAUCUUCUUAGGCGGUGUAGACGAUGCAGAGGCACUAGCCUAUGGCUCUCGCAUGGCGAGUCAUCCGAAUGUGGACUUAACAGUUGCACGGUUUCUUCUCUUUGGAGAUGAUAACUUGAAAGACAGGAAGAGGGACACUGACUUGCUUGAAGAAUACCGGCGAGCCCAUGUAGGAAAUGAGCGGUUUGUUGUGGUGGAAGAAGUGGUCAAAGAUGGAGCAAAGCUGUCUUCUGUUAUCAAAUCAAUGGUAGAUUGCUUUGAUUUGAUGUUGGUGGGGAUGCAUCAUCAGGACUCCCCCCUUCUUUCGGGACUCGGCGAGUGGAGUGAGUGCCCAGAGCUUGGGAUCGUCGGCGACAUGCUUGCUUCGCCGGAUUUUCGCUGCUCACUUUCGGUACUAGUGGUACAACAACAAAGAAUAGCAGGAAAACCAAUUAGUCGGACUACAAAACCAGUUGAUAAAGAACCGCUAAUUCAUGAUAUCGCAGAUGAACAAAUGAGAUCAUCAUGGACAAUUACAGUGAAUGAAUACGAUAGGAAAUAGG